AUGCCUCUCCGAGUUCGGGAAGCAAUGAGAGGCCGCUCAAGGGGUAGAGCCCCCUCGAGAAGGGCUCAUCAGCCGGCAGCAGGUAACCGUAAAACUCUGUUUGUGGGGAAUCUCCCCUUCAGUUGCUCCAUGGAGGAUCUCUACAAAAUUUUCCAGCGCUACUGCAGGAUUGAAGAGGUCUUUCUUUCCCAUUUCCCAGGCACCAGCAAGUCCAGGGGUUAUGCGUUUAUAAGAUAUAGGUAUGAAGAUGAUGCCUGGGCGGCUAUAGGGGUUCUGGAUGGUGGCAAAGGCUGUUGGAUAAGGUUAUAUGGGAUUCUCGCUCAUGCUUGGUUGGAAAUCGUCAUAGUGGUUCUUGGGAAUGCUUUCGGGAGCGUCUUGCAGAUUGAUACGAAUGCCAAACUUGGGUUGUUCCAGAUGAGAACGGGAAUUAGGCUCAAGCUAGGCUUCCAUUCCUCAUUCUCGAAUUCAGGGGAACGUGACAAAAUCUGGGUGUUCGCCAAUUCUCAGCUGAACAUCGUGGUCCUCUCCAUUUCUUAUCAGAUGUUUACCAUGCAGGAAGGAGAUAGGAAUACAAAAUUCUUCCACGUGCUGGCGAAGGACAAAAUCAGAAGAGCAGGUAUUAGUCAUAUCUUGGAUGAUCAGUGCCAGGAAAUUACGAACCUCCUGGAUAUUAAAUCAGCAGCUAUUUCCCACUUCCAAUCAGCGUUUCAGGCUGAUCCGUCUAUCAGCCACUCGGAUCUCUCCCAUAUUAUCCCGAGCCUUAUCUCAGCCAAUGAUAACGCUUCGUUGGUUGCCCCUCCUUCGAUUCAGGAAGUCCAGCAAGCUCUCUCGGCUAUUCCAAAAGAUGGGGCCCUGGGACCGAAUGGAUUCACGACGGCCUUCUUUUCAUCGUGUUGGACAAUUGUGGGGCCGGAUCUUGUCAAGGCAGCCGCCUUCUGGUUUCAAGGAGGGCCCCUGCCUAAGGCCUUCUGCUUAUCCCUAAUUUGCCUUAUCCCCAAAGGGGCCGCUCCUGCGUCUUUUGGUGAUUUUAGACCAAUCAGUUUGUGUAAUGUUGUCUACAAGCUGUUCUCUAAGAUGCUUGCCACAAGGCUCAGGCUGCUCCUUCCAAACAUCAUAUCACUAGAACAAGGGGCUUUCAUUUCGGGGCGCCCUAUUAUCGAGAAUAUUGCGCUGGCCCAGGAAUUGGUUCGGAACCUUAAUAGGAAAGUGCGUGGCGGGAACUUAAUGCUGAAAUUAGACCUUGAAAAGGCUUAUGAUCGUGUUGACUGGACGUUCCUUAAGGGGGUGCUUAAGUGCUUUGACUUCGAUGAAGCUAGCAUCGCCCUUCUGGAAUCCUGUUAG